UUGAAUGUGUAAUUAAAAAAAAGAUCCUAAAGUACCAUUUCACCCAUUCUUACAUGACAUUUCUCUUUCACGUAAGACAGUGAAAACUCAUGUCUAAUUUGGACAUUUGCAUUUACUUACUCACUCUUUUUCUCUCUAUAUAUAUAGACCUUGUCAAGCCACCAACGAUCCUCUAACCGAAAACAGAGUAGUCUACAAAACAGAGUAGUAAGAAAAACAGAGUAUUUUUUUUCUCCGGUCUCUACAUGGAUCCAUCUUUUGUUCAGUCACCUUUCUCUGGCUUCUCACCGGAAUAUUCUAUGGGAUCUUCUCCGGAAUCUUUCUCCUCCUCCUCCUCUUCGUCUUCAAACAACUACUCUCUCCCCUUCAACGAGAACGACUCCGAGGAAAUGCUUCUCUACGGUCUCAUCGAGCAAUCCACGCAACAAAACUUCAUGGCAGAUCUUCCAAUCAAGUCCGAGGAAGUGACCGGAAACUCAAGAAAGUCAGAGAAGUCUUACAGAGGCGUAAGACGACGUCCAUGGGGAAAAUUCGCAGCGGAGAUAAGAGAUUCAACACGAAACGGUAUUAGGGUUUGGCUCGGAACGUUCGAAAGCGCGGAAGAGGCGGCUCUAGCCUACGAUCAAGCGGCUUACUCGACGAGAGGGUCGUCGGCGAUUCUUAAUUUUCCGGCGGCGAGAGUUCAAGAAUCUCUUUUGGAGAUUAAGUAUAGCUACGAGGAAGGUUGUUCUCCGGUUGUGGCGUUGAAGAGGAAACACUCGAUGAGAAGGAGAAUGACAAGUAGAAAGACUAAAGACAAUGACUUUGAUCAAAGCUCCGUGAAGUUAGAUAAUGUUGUUGUCUUUGAGGAUUUGGGAGAACAGUACCUUGAGGAGCUUUUGGGGUCUUCUGAAAAUAGUGGGACUUGGUGAAAAGAUUAGGAUUUGUGUUCGGGCCCAUAAUGUUAUAGUGGUUUGGUUAAUUUUAUUUAGUCCCUAAUAUUUAUGUUUCUUGUGUUUUGUAAUUUUGCAACAAUGUUUGAUUCUUAAUUUUUUUUUUGUGGUACUUGACUUUCUCAAGAUAGUGUAAAAGUCUUUGUGUCUUAUUCAACUAGAGAGAAAAAUCUCAUUUUUCUUAUU